AAAGUAGAACUUUAAAAUACGAAACUAAAGAACUAGCAAACGCUAAAACACGUGUUGGGAAGAAAUUUUGUAAAUAUUGCGAGAACUCUUUUCCGAUAUAAGAAGCAUUUAUUUAUUUCCGAAUAAAAAAUGAAUUCCGCGAAGAAAGGCACCCCGAAGCCCAAAACGCCGAUUCAGAAGAAAAGUACACCAAAAGUUAUAACAGAAACACCUGUCCAGAAAACUCCUAAAAAUCCGAAAACACCUCAGCCCAAAAAUACUCCCAAUGCAAAGAAAGCAAAUGUUACCCAAACCCCUAAAAAGGAAGAAACAGUGAUUGCGGUCAUAAACAAGACCCCAAAAGGCAAGCAGACACCUGCUAAAACACCGAAUACAAAUAACAAAAAGACGCCAGCUAAAACGCCCAACGCUAAUAAUAACAACAAAAAUACACCAAAACCACAGACACCAAACGUGAAUAACAAGAAAACACCCAAGCAACAGACUCCCGCAAAAACACCUAAGCAACAGACUCCUGCAAAAACUCCCAAGCAACAGACUCCCGCAAAAACACCCAAGCAACAGACUCCUGCGAAAACGCUGAAUGAGAAUAACAAAAAGACUCCAAAGCCACAGACGCCCGCUAAAACGCCCAAUGCGAAUAAGAGCAACAAAAAUACACCCAAGCCACAGGCUCCUGCAAAAACCCCAAAUAAUCAAUCAAAGAAGACUCCGAAAGUUCAAACACCUGCAAAGACUCCAAACGGUCAAAUGAAUGGAGGUAGAAAGACACCCAAUAAGAACCUUGGAAAAUCUACUCCAAAACCAGCAGCAAAAACUCCAGUCAGCGUCACACCUGCAAACAGAAAAAAUGGCCGUACACCAAAGGGAAGUGCAAAAAAAACUCUUCCUGAAAGUGAUGAUGAUGAUGAUGAUGAUGAUUCUGAGGAUGAUGACUUUGAAAUAGAUGAAAUGGGUGAUGAUGAUUCCGAAGAUGAAGACAUUGAAAUGGAUGACGAUGAUGAUGAUGAUGAUGAUGAUGAUGACAAUGAGGGUGAUGGAGUAAAUGAUGAAAUAAAGAAUUCCAUAUUAGCAAAAUAUCGACAAAUGGCUGAGCAGGAAGAUGAUGAUGAUGACGAUGACGACGACGAAGAUGACGAUGAUGAUGAUGAUGAUGAUGAUGACAGCCAACCAGAAUUAUUGAAACCAGGCCAGAAAAGAAAAGCUUCAGCUGUUAAUGCUGUAGCAAGUAAAAUACAGAAAGAUUCAUCACAACAAAAAUUAACAAGUAUAAAAGAUAAAGUAAAAGUAGAUACAAAAAAAGAGGAAAAAGAACUGUUAAAACCUGGUCAGAAACGAAAAGCUGAAUCUGAAGCUAAAGUGAAAAAGGCCAAACAACCGAAGAAGACGAAACCUCAAGUACCUAGAGAUCCCGAACAAGAAUUAAAAGACCGUAAAUUAUUGUAUAUAAGACUGUAG